AUGGGGAACGAGGACUUUCUGUCUCCGAUAGUUCGAUCGCUUCCUGCCUACACGAGUCAAAACGCGGUAGAUGGCAGCUGGUCAACUUGUUCUUCGAUGAAACUGCAGGCUGCUCAAUCUUAUCGUGUUGCGCUACCCUUUGUGGAUGAUGACCCCUUCGCCGAAGCUGACGAAGACACCGGCGAGACUAAACAGUCUCAAAAUUACAUUCAUAUACGAAUCCAACAGCGCAAUGGUCGAAAGACCUUGACCACUGUCCAGGGUCUCCCCAAGAAGUUCGAUCAGAAGAAGAUCUUGAAGGUCAUCAAGAAGAAGUUCGCCUGCAAUGGCACCAUUGUCAAUGACACCGAGAUGGGUGAGGUGAUUCAGUUGCAAGGAGACCAGCGUAAGGACGUCCAGGAAUUCUUGACCGACAAGAAGGAAGGUCUCGAACUUGAUGCCAAGACCAUCAAGGUGCACGGGUUCUAA